AUGGGUUGCUGCCUCUCCCGAUCGGCUGGCCCGAACUCCCCUUAUCCUGGCGGGAUCCCAAAUGCAUCCGCGCGACACAUAAAUCCUCCGCCGCUGAGUCUCGGCGAGAGCGCCACAGCACCCAGCGCUGCAAACCAAGCUUCUCCUCGCCGCCGACGCCGCCACGAUCGAGGACCCCUCGACGAGCAUAUCAAUAAGCCCUUACGGCGCCAUGUAUGGGCCUCCGUCGACCGUCAAUGGGCGAGGAACGAGUUAGAUACAGAAAGAGCAGAAUACUUUGAUACGCGAGUCACUGCGCUGCCCGAGAUCUGGCAAACGCUGCACAACGCGCUACAGGUCCUAUGGGAGCCCCCGACGCAGGAAACAAAUGAUGAUGGUCAAACGGCGCUGCAGACAGCGCAAACCAUGCUCACGGCAGCGGAGAUUUCGCUGCCGACGGGAAACAUGGUGAACGGAGCGUACGACUCUUUUGGCAACUAUUACGCGCUGCCCGAAUGGGUCGUCUCGGAUCCGCAGAACAUUGUCGAGCAUGUACACAGUAAAGAUGGCUCGGGCAGCGGUGACGACGAGACGCAGGGUGGUGGCGAGGAUGGAGAGAUGAGCAAAGAGGAAAAGGGCAAGGACGUCGUCGAUGAGAGCAAGCAGAUUCAAGUCCGCGCCCGUCUCAGCGAAACUGGCAACGACAUCACCAUCUCUAUACCGAAGACGGACAUAGUGAGAAGCGUCAUCAAAAAGAUGACCACCGAAGCCGAGCUUUCGUCAUCGAAAAAGAUACGACUCGCCUACAUGGGCAAGAUGCUCAAAGAGAAUGCAACCCUCGAGUCGCAAGGUUGGCAAGAUGGCCAUAUUGUGAAUGCCCUUGUCUUUGAUCGUUGA